AAGCACUUUGGCUCAAGUACUCUUUGGCGCCAUGGACGAGGUGGGCGAUGACGGCCAGGCGCGGGGCCCCCGUCCCCGGGGCCCCGUGACGGGGGGCUGGGGCUUCGACGACGACGGCGCCGGCGGGCCCCGGAUGAGCGCAGAGCCUCCCUCGCCGCAGCGUGGCCAUAAGGGUCACUUCGAGGAGGACGAUGACGCGGUACCCGUUAUCCCAGACUUGGAGGAGGAGGCAGAGGAGGACAUCACGCGACAGGUGGCAGCACCUCCCAUAGCAGCGCCCUCUUUGGCUCCCCCGGUGCGAACGGUGCGGGAGUUGGACGGUGCCUUGAACAGCCGGGGUACGCAGCUCCCAGCAAGUCCGGAGGAAGGAGUGGAUUUGGCGCCGCUGAUGCAGUGCUUGUGCUCAGAUCGCCAGGUCUUUGAGCAAGACAGCACCUGGGACCAUGAGUUGAUCUUCCAAGAAGUUGCCAGCGCCAUCAAUCAAGACCUGCUCACCAUGGAGGAGGGUGAGGAAGAGGUCGAUACCAUGAGGUGAGAAACGAACUAUGCACCUUGUACAGUGGAGUUUCACUCUGCAGGACUGGACAGCGGGCAGCGGCCCAAGG